AUGGGCGACUGCUCUGAUUUCCCUGAAGGGGCGGCCCCUCUUCCUGACGAGGACACCUGGGAGAAGUUUGAUGCCAUGGAUGAGUACAGCUCAUUUGCUCACAACGCCGUCACCCCUUCAGGGUACGUCAAGAUCUUCGAGGACUUUAACUCCACAGUAGUUUCGAUGAACUACAUCGGUGUCUGGACUCUCUAUGCCUACGAGCCGCAACUCUGCGCCGACUCUUGCACCGAACAACCGGGAUGCAAAGCUUUCAACAUCUACGUCUCCCGUGAUCCGUCUAAGGACCCUGGACCUAACUGCCCCAAUCCCCCAUCUGUUUCUAACUUCAGAUGCGCUCUUUACAGCUCUGAGAUCAGCGUGGCAGAUGCCACCAACGACGGUCAGGUCCAGCCUCCUGCUGAUGCAAAUGGAGACAUGUUCAUUAUCAAGCACAAGGGUUCGAACGGUAUGAUGCUUUUAAUCUUAUUGUAA